CAAAAAUAGAAAAGCAGUCAAAUGUGAGCACUGAGAACCGACGAAUCCCCUCCCCCCAUCCCAGCCCUACGCGAUGAAUCCACGGCUUCCGACAUGGUCUCUUGGGAAAGGGCCCUGGAAGAGACGAGCGACAUUUCGGCAGCUGAAACGGCCUCGCGAUCAACAAGAGCCAUUCAUCUCCCCCUUCAGGACUUGGACGGAACGGCGAUCAAUGACUUGCUUGAAGUUGUAGACGCCCGGCCCCACCAGCCGGCGGCGCUUAGCGACGGGCGGCCAGGAACGGCUCCAACCCCGGCUACGCGCUCUCAUUGGUCGGCGCGCUUCUUGGUCGGUGGUUCCCCUGCGACGAACCGACAAGUCCAGACCUUGAUGAGUCUUUGUUGCAGGGUCGCGGCACAGGGUCUGUUUGGAUUAAAAACCUGGUAG